GUAAAAUAAUUGGGCGUAUACUAGGCCCAUGCCCAUCCCCAGAAAGAAAGUAGUACUCUCCACGCACUCACCGGAAAAUCAAGUGCUGCGGAACGGAGUAACUAUGGCGGCGAGACGGUGGAGCCGUCUGGUUCCCUCGAAAUCUUUCUGCAGCUCCUCCGCCACAGAGCGGAUAACUGAAAACAAGCUUCCAGAAGAUCUCAGGAAAAUCAGAGUCCUCAUCCAGCAGAAUCGAAUCGAGACGGCGAAACGCCACCUCCAUGCGCUCAUUCCUCUUCACUCCGUUUCCCAGCUCCACAGUGUUUUCUCCCAAUCUUCGCCCCCUCCCAACACUAAGCCAGUUUUCGAAGAUGUGCUUUUGACAGUUUGCGCGGAGUGUAAGCGCGUCAAGGAGGCUACUGAAUUGUACAGUUUGAUGAGAAGUAAUGGUAAUUUCCCUUCCCUGUCGUCUUUUAAUCUGUUUCUGGGGACUCUGGUGGGCUCGCGUCAGUUUGAUAAGUGUUUGAAGGUUUUUCCCGAUCCUGCGGAUGCUGGAUUCCGGGUCGAUAAGUCCAGUUAUGAGUAUGCAAUACAAUCCGCAGUGAAAUUGAGAAAUGUGGGAAAAGGUUUGGAGUUAAUGAAUCAGAUGAAGAAAUUCGGGGUGCGGCUGAGUGGAUUUGUGUACAAUGUUUUGAUUGGUGGUUUGUGUAAGGAAGGCAGAUUAGAUGAUGCGAACAAGCUGUUCGACGAAAUGCUCAAGAGAAAUGUGGGCCCAAAUAGAGUUACCUACAAUAGUCUUAUUGAUGGGCAUUGUAAAUCCGGACAAUUACAAAGGGCAUUUGAAUUGAGAGAUAAGAUGAAGAACGACAAUGUGGAGCCUAAUGUCGUGACUUACAACACCUUGCUGGGGGGACUCUGUAAAUUGGGGAGAAUGGAAGAGGCAACCAAGGUUUUGCAGGAGAUGGGUGACAACGGAUUAGUCCCUGAUGCAUUUUCGUACAGUAUUCUUUUUGACGGCCAUUCAAGGCGUGGGGAUGUAGACACUGCCAUGACAUUGUUUGAAGAUGCUAAGAAGAAAGGAGUGGUAAUGAAUGAGCAUACAUACAGCAUUUUAUUGAAUGGACUGUGCAAGGAAGGUAAAAUGGAUAGAGCAGAGGAGUUGUUGGUGGAUUUGAAGGCCCGUGGGGUUGUUUUGACAGAAGUGAUAUUGAAUACGAUGGUGAAUGGUUAUUGCAAAGUGGGGAUGAUUGACCAAGUAUCACUCUUUGUUGAAGAAAUGGAGAAGGAAGGGGUGAAGCCCAGCAGCAUAACUUAUAACACAGUUAUCAGCAAAUUCUGUGACUUGGGUUGUAUGGAUGAUGCUAAUGAGUGGGUAAGAAAGAUGAAGGUGAAGGGGACCUGUCCAGAUGUGGCGACCUAUAAUAUCUUAAUAGGUGGCUAUGGCCGUCAUUGUGAGCUUACCGAGUGCUUGAAGAUUCUUGAGGAAAUGCAGAAUGAUGGGUUGAAGCCUAAUGCAGUCACUUACGGAUCAUUGAUAAAUAGUUUCUGCAAGAAGGGGCGACUUCUUGAAGCCGAAGCUAUUCUCAAAGAUAUGUUGAACAAAAGCAUUACACCGAAUGCCCAGAUAUAUAAUAUGCUCAUAGGUGGGCAUUGUGCAGUAGGAAACACAGAAAAUGCAUUCAAAAUUUUUGAGGAGAUGUUAAGAAGUGGUAUCCCUUCGUCUGUGGUGACACUCAAUGAACUUGUAAAUGGGCUCAGCAAAACCGGUAAAGUUGUAGAAGCCGAAGCAUUCACCUUUAGUGGAUCAAAUAGUGCAACUCCGGACAUCAUCACAUACAAUUCCUUAAUCACUGGAUUCUCAGUUGCCGGUAAUGUGGAGAAAUGUUUGGAGUUGUAUGAGAGGAUGAAAAACUCAGGCAUCAAGGCAACCUUGCACACCUAUCACCCCCUGAUAAGAGUAUGCAGCAGAAAGGAUCGACUAGAUCUUGUAGAGAGACUUGUUGACGAAAUGUCUGCAUCAAACCUGACUCCCGAUCGCCUUGUAUACAACGAGCUAAUCAGUUGCUAUGGACAGCGUGGGGACAUUCAGAAGGCAGUUUCGCUUGCCUCUGAGAUGCAAAAUCAUGGGAUCCCACCCGACAAUAUGACAUACAAUAGCUUGAUUAUUUGCCGCAUAAAAGAGGGCCAUACUGAGGGAGCAAGGGCCCUUUUUGACCACAUGAUAUCCAUGGGUGUAUCCCCCAAUGAUGCAACUUUCAACGCUUUAAUUGAAGGGCAUUGCAAGGUGAAGGAUUUCGACGGGGCCUAUGUUUGGUACAAAGAAAUGCAGAAAAUGGGAUUGUACCCUCUUGCCUCCAUUUGCAAGGAGCUUCUAUCUGGGCUUCGGGACGCCGGGAGAUUUGAGGAGGCUGAUGCACUUUGCUCUGAAAUGAGCAAUGUUAAAGGAAUCGAUGAUGACCUUCCAGCUGUUCCGGCCACAUAAGGCAGCUUCAAUAUGCUACAAUGGCCUCACCACUUUGAUCAUUUUUGCAACCUAAGAAUCAUGGUGUGCUCAUUAGAGGAGUGGGAAUUGUUCUAAGUUGCUGUCCCUGUCUGAUCUGUGAAGAUAACAAGAAAUGCAUGAACUUAUUUGGUAGGUGACAAGCAAUGUCCAAAUACACUUGUGAACCUUUUCUAUUUAUUUGGUUGACCUUAGUGGGAUGACACACAACACCAUGCUCGUUUGCUCUCCGCACCAAAUUGUUGACUUCAUGCUUCAUGUGGCUUAUGACUUCAUCAUUUGUUGUUCUGCUGCCUUAGCCCUACAUUUUUAUUUUCUAUUGUUGUCUAUUGUGUAAAAUUAGCAAGGUCUGACUCAAAUUUAUUAUAUAAAAUUCAAUAGUUUGUUUAUAAAAUUUUGGUUUUGCUUAGAGAUUGGUAUUUGAAAUUGAGAUUUUUAUUUGAAUUUUUAUUUAAACAAAUGUUUGUGAAAUGAAACAUGAAAUACUGACUGUGACCAUGAGAUCAUUGUAUCAAACUAUGUCUUAGAUAGUGAGAAGAGGAGUGGAUAAGUAUUAGAGCUUUGUAAAAAAAAUAAAAAAAUACUAUAAUGGUAAAACUACUUAAAAGUAUAUCUAAAUAAUGCCAAAAAUGAUUUUAAUAAAACAAUCCAGAUAUAUGAACACGUUCUAAUAUUGGGUUGUAAUACUUGACUAUUAUAAUUGAUUAUUUAGAGCGAUGGUUGAUAUAAGUACCUUACAUUUCUUUCUUCAAACAUUUCAACUAUAAUAA